UAGAAGUCAUUUUAUUGUUGUUUCAGAUUGCAGGGUUAGCAAACACAUAUUAUCAUUAUGGUGAUAUUAAUAUAGCAUAACAAUGAUCCAUUAUUCAAAGUUUCCAUUAUUUUAAGUUUAAACAAAUAGGAUCAGAUGAGUUUUUAAACAGGUCUAAAGUAGAUAGAAAAACAAAUUGCAAACCACACGGACAUGGCGACAGUAAACUCCCACUACUGCAAAUAUACAGUACGUUUUGUGAAAAUGCCCUAAAGACCGCUUGAUGACUGACAGGGAAUGUAUCCAAUCAUUGCCUUCCAAAGUCACAAGGCCAGAGCGAAAGGCAGCGGAGUGUGCCGACAACAGGGGAACGAUCCGCGGACAAACGAUGUUUUUCGUGCACCGAAAUGUUUCUCUGCCAGAAGGUUCACGAUUUCAAAGCGUACUGUUCAAUCAGUGCAUUAUUCACUUAAAGACGGAACGGAGAGUGCAUUGUUGAUUUUGCGGAGCUUUGUGACUACCUCACGAGGGAUUGUCCAACGACAGUAGAUGAGAGGCUCCCUCCCUGUUGUCCUGACAUCACAGAACAUCAUAGUGAGAGACCUGAGGAAAGAGGCUAGCUACUUUACAAAUCAUUGUUACUGGUUCAAGCCCUAAAACUCACAACACACUGUUUGCUCACAAACAGACUUCAAAGUCUUAAAUUCAACCAUUGAGGCACACUUGUAUCAGGAUCGUAACACAGAGAUAUAACUCAGGACAGGAUACUUUUUCUCAUUCAUUGAAUUGUGCUGACUGACACACACACACACACACACACACAACACGGUCCUACAAAAACCGCCUUGUAGUAGUCAUGGAUGACCAGCAGGAGGACCCAGAGGGCAUGUACGACGUGCAGCACCAGUACAUGUGCAGCGAGUGCCACCAGCUCUUCAACACCCUAGAAGAAGUGCUGAUGCACCAGCAGAUCCACACAGGGCAGGAGGGAGAAGAGGGGGAGGCUGGGGAGGCCAUGGCCAUCCAGGGCAUCUCAGAGUACGGGGACAGCCAGUACCAGUGCCUGGAGUGUGGUGCCCUCCUCAGGAACCCAGAUGAACUGCUACUGCACCAGGAGCUGCACAUGAGAGAGGCAGGGUUGGAGACAGAGGACCAUGAACUGUGUGAGGUGUUGGAGACAGACGAGGCAGGGACAGAGGGCCAGGUGUCGGGGCCUGUCCAGUACCAGUGUCUAGACUGCCUGGCCCUGUUUGACUCUCCAGAGGUGUGGCUGGCCCACAGACAGACCCACAGCAAGAGUAGCACGCACAGUGCCACAGAGACUGAGUAUGUGUUGCAGCCCGAUGGUACUGUGACACCCUUGGUCAGUGUUCAGAACUUUGUCUUGAGUGAACAACAAGCUGGGGAGAUCUUAGCACAGGUCCUGGCCCAACAACAACAGCAGCAUCAGUCUACCCCCCAGCCCUCGACCCCCUCCCGGACCACCUUCCUACCCCCCGUCUCCCCCCUUCCCGGCUCGGCCACCAUGCGUCUCCAGAUCUGCAGUGCCCAGGCCCUGGCCGAUGGCUCCAGUACCCCCGGCCUACGGCGCGCCAAGCUGCUGCCCCCUCUGCUCACUCCUCUAGGGGUGGGCUCGGUAGGAAAGCUGGGGGUCCCGGAGAACGGCCUCCAGAGACUGGAGGUGGUGCUGUCUGCUGUCCGGGAGGAGAAAGAGCAGCAGGGGGAGGUGGUGAUCUUCCACCCCUAUGAGUGCUCUGAGUGUGCCCUCCUCUUCCAGACCCCAGAGGACUUCCUGCAACACCAGGGGGAGCACUUCCUGGCCCAGGAGAAGGAGAGCGGUGAGGACGGGGUGAUGAUGGGAUACGAGGAGGACAGAGGGAGGGAGGAGGAGAGAGAGGAGGAGAAUGGGGGGAGGGUGGCAGAGGAGAGGGGGAAGGGAACGGGGAGACGCGCCCUGGCUAAAAGAUCUAGAAACACACCCCUAUGCCUGCACUGCAGCCAAUGCCAGCGUACCUUCACGUCAGCCAAUCGGCUGGCGGCACACAGGCGCGUACACGAGCAUGGGACAUACGAGUGCCGGGAGUGCGACAAGGUGUUUAAGAAGGCGAUGUCACUGCAGACACACAUGCGCUCUCACUCCGGGGAGGCUCGGUAUCUGUGUGUGGACUGUGGUCACGGCUUCAACACAGAGAUGACCCUCAUCAUACACAGGAAGUCUCACACAGCAGAGCCGCUCCACAGGUGUGAACACUGUGCCAAGACCUUCACCAAUAUGACCAAGUUCCUGUACCACCGUAGAACACACACCAAAACAGCCACCACUACACCUACCCCUGUCGUCCUGGUCCCAGCGGCCCCCAGGAGGAUGUCCCUGUCAGCCCUGUCCAUCCUUCAGAGAGCCCGGGCCCUGAGGGAGAGGGGUGAGGGCAGCCCCAUGGAGGGGGACGAGGAGAACCUGAUGGCCCCCCUUACUGAGGCUGAGAUGGAGAUAGGCGAGUCGGGGGAGGACACUGCCUCCAGCUCUCUGAGCAGGGCAGAGGGAGGAAAGGAGAACAGGGUGGAUGUGGAGGGGACACCAGGGGGCAGUGGAGAGUCCCAACCGGGAGAACAUACUGCUGAUCCUGGUUCCUCUACUGACCCUAACCCCUCUGGUCCAGCUGGACCCCGGGGAGCGUUCCCCUGCCCCUCCUGCCCUCAGGCUUUCCCAUCUCUGCUCCGCCUGGUCAAACACCGCCAUACGGCCCACGUCUCCGAGCGACACUUCAAGUGCUCCGUGUGCACCAAGACCUUCAAGAAGCAGAUGCACCUACGCAACCACCUGCGCACACACACCGGCGAGCGGCCCUUCCAGUGCUCAGACUGCGGCAAGACCUUCUCGUCCCUGGCCAACCUGUCUCGCCACAACCUCACCCACUCUGGCGUGCGCCCCUACCGCUGCGACAUCUGCCACCGGACAUUCACCCAGUCAUCCAACCUCCGGCAGCACCGCCUACUCCAUGCCAACCUCCCUCCCUGUCCCUGCCCGGACUGCCCCGCCACCUUCGUACGGCCGGCCAAGCUAGCCGCCCACCGCUACACUGUUCACCCGGGGGCCCCGGCCCCGUUCUCCUGCCCCCAAUGCCAGGCUGGUUUCCUGCACAGGAGGAAGAGAGACCGCCACUGUCAGGAGGUCCACCCCACUGAGGCCCAGGAAGACAGAGAGGGAGGGUUAGAGAGCCAGCCCCAAGUGUGCCCUGACGGGGAGCUCCUCUCAGAGCCCUCCACCUCAGAAGACACCGGGACCACCAGCAUCAUGAGAGGGGGCCUGGACUGCACUGUGUGUGGGAAGAAGCUCAACUCUGCAGCCAACUGGCGUCUGCAUCAGCUGAGCCACGGCCUGGUUCCUGGUCGGUCCUGUGGUGGUGCAGUGGCCAGGGGUAAAUCUCACCAGUGCCUAACCUGCGGUAAGCUGUUUGUCUCCUCCUCUGGUGUGACCUUGCAUCAGCGCAUCCACACAGGAGAGCGCCCCUUCCCCUGCAACCUGUGUGGCAAGCGCUUCCGGCAGAACACGCACCUGCGAGAGCACCUGCGCACGCACACAGGGGAGCGGCCGUUCCGCUGCGAAAUAUGUGACAAGGGCUUUGUCCAGAGCAUGCACCUGGCGGAGCACCGGCGUACGCACACAGGGGAGCGCCCCCACGCCUGUCUGGUGUGUGGCAAGGCCUUCAAGUCCUUCUCCAACCUGCGGAACCACAGGAAGACCCACGCACGGCAGGAAGAGGUGGCUGCAGCACAGGUUGCCAUGGAGACCAGCGCCGCCGUGGCACUAGUGGAGGCAUCCCAGGUGGAACUGGCCAAUGGGCAGCCUCAGCUGAUCCACAUACAGACGUCGACCCUACAGCAGACCCAGGGUACUCCCACCAUCAUGUGUAAUGAGUUUGGGGAGACCAUCGCCAUCAUAGAGACCAGUGAGGGAGGAACCCUACCCCUGGCUGAGGCUAUAGAGAUCUACCACACAGCCCUGGAGAACAGUCUGGGGAUGGACUCCAUCUCUGUAGACAGUCUACAGCUCAUCUAACAGUCUGGGGAUGGACUUCGUCUCUGUAGACAGUCUACAGCUCAUCUAAAGGCCAGACAGAGACAACUCAGAACCAUGACCGGAUCAUCAGAUAACCCUCACAGAACCCUCACACGACGAUCUAGAUAUUCUGAGGGUCAAAGAGACACGACUCAGAACUAUCACAGAACUGUCAUAGAACCAUCAAACAAGCCUCAAAGAUGUAUCUACAGCUACUGAGAGCCAGUGAGAGGCUCAACUAUCAGAGAACCAUGACAGAACUACCUGUGUGGGCUGUGGGACUGUACUGUCUCUUGACUGGCAGAGAACAUGUUUUACUGUUAUCCUAUUGGGGUGAAUGUAUGGGGAGCAGUAGAAGAUUAAACUGUGAUCUAGUGAAGUACAGCAGUGUAGGAACACUGGUCUGGUUGUCAUUGUAUAAAAACAAUUGUCUACGAUUGCAGCAGGCAGGACGACAGGUGUUCAUUCACUCCUCCAGACCAAAUGUGUUACGAUCUCAUUUGGUCUGGAGGAGGAGGAGUGGUGGUGGUGGAGAGGUUGUUGUGACAGACGUGAAUCGAGGGCCAUUUCCUGUGUUUGUCAUGUUCUUGACUGCCCAUGGAUGUUCAUUCAGUGAUUAAUGAUUAAAUGAUAUUUGAUAAUA